AUGCUUGGCUGGAUUAAACGCCUAAUUAGGAUGAUUUUUCAACAGGUUGGAAGCAUGCAAUCGGUUCUUUGGUCUGGGAAGCCAUAUGGGUCAUCUCGGAGUAUUGUAAGGAAAAUUGGUACCAAUUUAUCUCUGAUCCAGUGUCCAAGAGUUCAGUUUCAGCUGACCAGCCCAAGGACAGAAUGGAGCUCCAGCCCCCCGGGAGAGGAUGCAGUGGUAUCUUUUGCUGAUGUGGGAUGGGUAGCUGAAGAAGAAGGAGAGUGUUCAACAAGACAAAGGAUAGAGGUCCCUCGGUCAAGGCCAACCCUUCAGGAUGAUCUUCCUUUCCUUGAGAAGCCCCACAGCAGACAGCUGUCCUUACCCACCCUGUCUCCAGAAGAGCCUCCGGUGCAGACCUCGACACUGGCCAGUGAGGAAGCACUGCAGAAGAUCUGUGCCCUUGAAAGUGAGCUUGCUGCCCUCAGAGCUCAGAUUGCCAAGAUCGUGACCCUCCAGGAACAGCAGAACCUCAGUGCAGGUGACUUGGAAUCCACCAGGCCCGCCGCCACAGCACCACUCUCAGUCCCGCCGCCGCCCCCGCCGCCUCCCCUCCCACCCCCAGGGCUCCUGCAGAGCACUUCUGCUAUUGAUCUGAUAAAAGAGCGGAGAGAGAAAAACGCCUCUGCUGGGAGGACCCCAGUCAAGAGCAGUCCAAAGAAAACCGACCUGCCCAACAUGCUGGAGAUCCUGAAAGACAUGAACAGCGUGAAACUGCGCUCAGUAAAAAGGUCAGAACAAGACACGAAGCCCAAGCCGGCAGAUGCUGCUGACCCCGCUGCCCUCAUAGCAGAGGCGCUGAAAAGGAAGUUUGCUUAUCGGUAUCGAAGCGAUAGUCAAGGUGAAGCUGAAAAAGGAAUCCCAAAGUCUGAAUCAGAGGCCACCUCUGAGAGAGUGUUGUUUGGUCCACACAUGUUGAAGUCUACUGGAAAAAUGAAGGCUUUAAUUGAAAAUGCUUCAACUUCCUAA